GGAGAUUUCUGAAAUAUAUACGUUUGAACUCUCAACACGGUGCAUAGUUUUCUAUGUAGGGGCUAAUUUAAGGUGGACUUAACGAGGCCCCGCCCUGUGCGAGAGUGAGCGCUUGCUUUUAUAGUUUUUGCUCAGCUCCCAGAGAUGGCGCCACACGAGAACGACAGCACCAACAAUGGCUCCUCGCCUCCCUCCUCCACGCAGGCAUUCAAGGAGUAUGUCGAGGACAAAGGCCACGCUCGAACUGUGAAAUCCGUGGACGAUUGGCUGCCCGUUGGCAGUGGCUCCAGGAACGCCAAGUGGUGGUACUCGGCCUUCCAUAAUGUCACCGCCAUGGUUGGAGCUGGAGUUCUUAGCCUCCCCUCGGCGAUGGUCUAUCUUGGCUGGGGACCAGGGGUCCUGGUUCUUGUACUCUCGUGGGUGAUCACACUCUACACGCUGUGGCAAAUGGUGGAAAUGCACGAAAUGGUCCCGGGGAAGAGAUUUGAUCGCUACCACGAACUCGGGCAGGAGGCUUUCGGAGAGAAACUUGGACUGUGGAUCGUCGUGCCCCAGCAGCUCAUCGUCGAAGUUGGAGUGGACAUUGUCUAUAUGGUCACAGGAGGGACGUCUCUCAUGAGAUUCUACGAGCUCGUCCAUUGCAAGCCCGAUGACAUCAGCUGCAAGCACAUCAAGAGAACUUACUGGAUCCUCGUCUUUGCCUCAGUUCACUUCUUCUUGUCCCAGCUCCCAAACUUCAACUCCAUCACCGGAGUCUCCUUGGCAGCAGCCGUCAUGUCUCUCAGUUACUCGACGAUUGCAUGGGUUGCUCCAGUGCAUUACGGCCAAGAAGCAAAGCCACCAAUGACCAAAGUGAGCUACGCUUAUCCUCACUCUCCAUCAGUGGCGAACACUGUGUUUAGAGUUUUCAAUGCUCUCGGACAAGUGGCGUUUGCCUACGCCGGUCACAACGUUGUUCUUGAGAUCCAGGCGACGAUCCCUUCCUCGCCGCAAAAGCCAUCCAAAGUUCCAAUGUGGAGGGGAGUGGUCGUGGCGUAUAUUGUCGUGGCUAUGUGUUACUUCCCGGUUUCCUUGGUUGGAUACUGGGCUUUUGGAAAUGAUACCAGCUAUGACAAUGUUCUCCAGCGUCUCGGGAGACCCGAGUGGCUCAUCGCGGCUGCCAAUCUCAUGGUUGUGGUUCACGUUAUUGGAAGCUACCAGAUCUAUGCGAUGCCAGUGUUUGAUAUGCUGGAAACCGUUCUGGUCAAGAAGUUUCACUUCCCUCCAGGUGUGAUUCUUCGUCUCGUCGCUCGAUCACUCUAUGUUGCUUUCACUGCCUUUAUUGGGAUAACUUUUCCUUUUUUUGGAGACUUGCUGGGCUUUUUCGGAGGUUUUGCGUUUGCUCCCACGACUUACUUUCUCCCGUGUAUUAUGUGGCUGGCUGUUUACAAACCCAGAGUUUUCAGUCUUUCGUGGAUGGCAAACUGGAUUUGUAUUGUCUUGGGAGUGCUGCUAAUGAUUGUAGCUACUAUUGGAGGCUUCAGAAAUAUCAUCAUGGAUGCAUCAACAUACAAGUUUUAUCAGUAGCUGCAAAAGGUAUACAGAAGAAACAAGUAUUGCUUCAAAUGUAUAUGGGUUCCAUACCUAUUAAAUCGAUUUCCAGAAAAUAUAUAAAAAAGAUAUUUCCAUUUGGCCA